AUGUUGUUAGGGACAAAUAAAAUCGUCGAUAUUGGAGUAAAUAGUAAAGGUAUACCGCUAGGAAGUUGGGGUGGUUAUAUAGGGGAACUUGUGACAAGAAUUUCAAGUAUUCUUGAUUUUAUGUGUAUGACAGAAAAGGAUUUGAAAGAGAUUAUGGAAAUAGCUCCCUUAGAAUACAAUAAACAUAAAUCAUAUGCCAAAACUUAUAGGAUUUAUGGAAGAAAAAUUUAG